CCCCGACAUUCCGGCUCUCUUAGAACUGGCACGGAGUCAACGUCACCAUCUUUGGCCUGCUCGGCCGUCUCGGACCAGUUCUGGACUGGCAGUCAUCAUCUCUGCUCUACUAUAUAUAUACACUCUCACGAAUCCCUUCCUUAUGCGACUUCGCCUCUAUACACUUCGUCUCCGGUCUCAUACACGCACGAUCACCAUAACAUAACCUCCACCAUGUCAUCCACGGAUGCUCCCGUCGGUCCGCCUGGCCAUCUUUGUGUCCUGGUUCACGGGCUGUGGGGCAAUCCAGGGCAUCUCAACCAGCUAGUCUCCGCAAUCAAAGACCAGUUCGCAGAAGAGCAGCUCCAUGUCCUCGUCCCGAAGACCAAUGCCGGAAAUUCCACAUACGACGGCAUAGAAUUAGGGGGCGAGCGCGUCACGCAAGAGACCGAGGCCGAGCUGGACAGACUGGCGAAGGAGGGACACAACAUCACAAAGAUCAGCAUGAUAGGAUACUCGCUAGGAGGCCUAAUAGCACGAUACGCAGUCGGCCUGCUAUACAGCAAAGGAUGGUUCGAAAGACUGGAGCCAGUGAACUUCACCACCUUCGCAACCCCCCAUCUCGGCUCCCGCACACCUCGCAUCGGCGUCUCCAGCAAGAUAUGGAACAUGCUAGGCUCACGCACCCUCUCCGUCUCCGGCCGCCAACUCUUCCUGAUCGACCGCUUCCGCGACACCGGCCGCCCGCUCCUCAGCAUCCUCGCCGCCCCCUCCAGCAUCUUCAUCCGCGGCCUCAAACGCUUCAAGAACCGCUCCCUCUACGCCAACAUCAUCAACGACCGCUCCGUCGUCUACCACACCGCCAUGAUCACCAGCACAGACCCCUACGUCGACCUCGACCCCUACACCCCAAACUACCUCCCCGGCCUCGCCCCCAUCCUCCUCGACCCGUCCAACCCGCUCACCCUGAAGCAAGACCGCACCCCUCCCACCUUCUACGCCCGCAGCCAGACCUUCGCCGCCCGCCUGCCAAUGUACAUCUUCUUCACCCUCUUCCUGCCCGUCGGCGCGUCCAUCUUCCUCGUCAACGCCGCCGUGCAAUCCGUCCAGUCGCAGCGCCGCAUCCGCGCCCACGAUUCCGGCUCCUCGUUCGACUUCUCCCCUUACCGCAUCCCGCUCCUGGCCUCGGCCAAUCAUGCCGCCGAGCGCGUCUUCGAGCGUGCUAACAGCGUCCACGGCGAGGAUUUCCUGCCGUCGUCUGUGUCCAGUGCCAAUGCCGCCGCGGCGCGCGAGAAAGCGUAUCUGGAUGCGGAGGCAGCGAGUGGUGAUGACGAUGAGGCCUCGGAAGGGGGUGCAAAGAAGCCGCAGUUCCCCACGCUGGCGCUGCAUCCGGAGCAGUUUAGGAUGAUUGAUAAUUUGGAUCAGGUUGGCUGGAGGAAGUUUCCUGUUCACAUACACAAGGCGACGCACUCGCACGCUGCGAUAAUUGUGAGGAUGAAGCAGAGCCGGUUCGACGAUGGGAAGGUCGUCAUUAAGCAUUGGCUGGAUAAUUUUGAGUUAUAGGUGCGAAAGGGGAGGAAGUAUGGUUCAGUGAUGUUGUCCGGCAAGGGGCGGCAUGGGGUUUGUGGCAGCAUUCUUUAGACUUUGGCUUGUGGGAGUAUGUUCGAGCAUUGAACGGUUGCACGCAUAGUAUUGGCGUUCUUUUUUUUUUUGGCGAAUAUGAGCAUUCUGGCCGUAUCACUUGAGAUCAUAUGGGCAUAGAGGAGCGGAAAGCGAAAUGCUGAUAGAUAGAGCAAAGCGGGCGUAGAAUUUCCUAGAGCCGUAUAAUAUUUU